CCGUACAGAAUCGCCGAGGGCCAAUACUAUGAAGCCCACCAGCAGCUCCGCGUAAUCGCAUCCCGCUACACGAAGGCCUCUGACUGGCCUUCAGCAACCGACAUCCUCUUUCGCGGCGCGCAAUCCCUCCUGCAAGCCGGCCAGGGCGGCUCGGGCGGCGACCUUUGCAUUUUCCUCAUCGAUGUCUUCAACAAGAGCGAGACCAAGCCUGAUGCGAGCAGUAGAGGCAAGCUAGUGACACUGCUGCGCGCAUUCCCGCCAAACGAACCUACGAAGAAGAAGUUUGUCGGCGAGAUGGUGGCCUGGAGCGCAAAGUUUGGCGAGUAUCCCGCUGGCGACCCCGAGAUCCACCACGUCGUGGGCAGCGCAUUCGCAGAGGAGCUCGAGCCUUACGACGCGGAACGCCAUCUCGUGCUCGGCACAAAAGACUCGCCUGAAGCCCUCGCGAACCUCGAGUACGCGUGGUACUGCGCCGACGACUCGCACACCGCACCCCUAUACGCUGCGCGCGGCGUCCUGCCGUAUCUCCUUGCCGGCAAUCUGCGCUCGGCCAACAAGUUCUUCCUGCUAUUCACCUCGCGGCUCUCUAGCAAAGCCGGCUUGCAGACCCAGCAGGUGUCCACGUCGGCCUCGGACCUGCGUGUAUACCCGUCGUUACCGCUGCUCAACUUCCUGGGGCUGUUGUUGCUGAGUGUGGAGCGCGGCGACCCCAGCCUGUUCCGCCAGCUGAAGAGCCACUAUGCAGCGCACUUGAAGGACACCAACUGGGACGAGGCGUUAGAUCAGCUCGGCGAGAUGUACUUUGGGAUAAGGAUACCGAAGCAGGGAAACCCUAUGUUUGACAUGUUGGGAAGCAUGUUUGGAGGCGGCAUGGGCGGCGGAGCGAAGAAGCCAGCGAGUGGGAAUAAGAGCCUGCCACCGACCGGGGGGCUGGACUGA